CCCCUUUGGUUCUCAACCUGGCUGCGAGCAAAGUGUCUUCAUGAGCGCAGAGGAUGUCCGGGAAGCACUACAAGGGGCCUGAAGUCAGUUGUUGCAUCAAGUAUUUCAUCUUCGGCUUCAAUGUCAUUUUCUGGUUCCUUGGCAUAGCGUUCCUUGGGAUUGGAUUGUGGGCAUGGAAUGAAAAGGGAGUGCUGUCCAAUAUCUCCUCCAUCACUGACCUGGGAGGCUUUGAUCCAGUUUGGCUCUUCCUAGUGGUAGGAGGAGUUAUGUUCAUUUUGGGAUUUGCAGGAUGCAUUGGAGCUUUAAGAGAAAAUACCUUUCUUCUCAAAUUUUUUUCUGUGUUUCUUGGGAUUAUUUUCUUCUUGGAGCUCACUGCUGGUGUUUUAGCAUUUGUUUUCAAAGACUGGAUAAAGGAUCAGCUUUAUUUCUUUAUAAACAACAACAUCAGAGCAUACCGAGAUGACAUUGAUUUGCAAAACCUCAUAGACUUCACACAGGAAUAUUGGCAGUGCUGUGGGGCUUUUGGAGCUGAUGACUGGAACCUGAAUAUUUACUUCAAUUGCACAGAUUCCAACGCAAGUAGAGAACGCUGUGGUGUUCCGUUCUCUUGCUGUACUAAAGACCCUGCUGAAGAUGUUAUUAAUACUCAGUGUGGCUACGAUGCAAGGCAAAAACCAGAAGUUGAUCAGCAGAUUGUUAUCUACACUAAAGGCUGUGUCCCUCAAUUUGAGAAAUGGUUGCAAGACAAUCUUACCAUAGUUGCUGGUAUAUUCAUUGGGAUAGCAUUACUGCAGAUAUUUGGGAUAUGCUUAGCCCAGAAUUUGGUUAGUGACAUUGAGGCUGUCAGAGCCAGCUGGUAAAACUGCUGAAGUAACCACAAGAAGACACUGGACAACCAAAACCCUCUGAAACCUCCAGUGUGUCGCUGCGACACCAAGCUGUAUGGACAUGGGUGACAGGGAAGUCUUCUCUCCCAAGUAGUCUCAAGUAUAAGUUCCUGAUAUUGCAGUGAACUCGCGUUUCUUUGGGGUGGGGUGGGGGGGGAGAAGAGUGGGCUAUUUAAAAUCUGCUGCUCACUGACAGUUCUUUUUCUUUUAAAAAAGCUUUUGAAAGCUUUUCAAGCUCAGUUUGAAAGCUCUUGAGCCGUGAAUCUCUACUGUAUUGAUCCGGAGUAACAAGUGGACACUGUUUUUAAAGUUGAUGUAUUCAGUGAGAUGGAUUUGCAUCGUUGUAGUCUGUGGAUAUGCUGUUUAUUCUUCGUGUCAUGAGCUCUUCGAUAGCUGCCAAAUAUUCUGGAGAUGGUCUCUCUCCUCACCACUCUGUAAAGGAACAAUCUUCUUGUUUCCACAGCUAAACAUAGCUACAGGCCUAAACCCAUCAAGCAGGAAGCAACUUUCUAUGCAUCUAUUGUACAGUAAAAGAGAUUGUUUUUAAAACAAGGGAAAUAUUUUUUUUUACGCAAGCUUCCAACCAUCUCCCUGCAGUACUUUGAGGUUGGAAUCGGCAAGCUCACAUGGAGAAUUGCCUGAUUUUAUCGACAUCUUCCUUCCUUCUGCACCCUUGUAUGAAGGGAAAGGAGUUUUAUAUUUGACAAACAAGGGCUGAAGAGCCCUUGGUUGCUGCCAUACCUUAGGACAUCAGUCUCUUAAGGCAAGGAUGGAAUAUAAUUGUAUAAAUGUAUGAAAGAAGUGUGGAUGUUGGGUCCAAGUGAAUAAUAUUAUUCAAAGAAUGAAUGAUAUAUUAACUUAAAAAAAAUGAAAGCAUAUGUAUUUGAGAUGGCUUAAUCUUUUGUUUCUCUGGAAUUUAGUGUAACCUAAUGUAUUUAGGGAAUCUCACUAAUAUUAGUGUUUUGAUAUACUUGUGCAAAACUUCUUUUUUGGUCUGUUCCUAGCUGAGGCAUUGGUCUUUCAUUUUUCAUUUUUCUUUAACUGUUUUUGCUUGCAUGAGCUGUGGAGUAAGAAUCUGUGACACUCCAGUGCUUUAAAUAUGUGCAUAUAUUUUAAUACAGUCUAUCCAAACUUACUGGUAAAUGCAUGUGAUUAUGGAAAGAUCAUAUCCCAUUCCCUUGGAAGUUGGAGAGAACACCUUUGCCAGAGUAAAUGCUUACCUCCUGUGAAUAAGUCCUGUCUAUGGAGAUGAUUCUCCCUUUGUUGCUCUAAAUGCAGCAAAAAGCUUUCUUGAAGCAGUGGAAUCAACGUUUUAAAGUAGAAGUGUGUAUUGGGAUCAGCCAGGACACACUCUGAAUUAGACAGAAGAGAAUAGAAUUUGGAAUAAAGCACAAAUAGUGGAAGAAGAAUUAGAUCAGAUUCCAUCCAUCUGAAAAUUUUUGGUUUGUUCUUCUUCACUAAAAGUGAACUUACAAACCUGACCAUGGCUUGAGUAGUUUUAUUGCACUUUGUAUAAAUAUAUCUUGUUGUACAACCUUUCUCAGUAUCCGCAGAACCAGUCCUAAAAGCUGUCAGCUCUUGUCUCCUGCUUUGGUCAGGAAGUGGCAAAGAGUACGUAACACCUCUUUGUAAGAGCUUAACAUAUUUCUGAGAUGAGUUUUGUAAGUAUGUGGAGUAGAAGAGAUGAAUGCAUUGCUUUCAAAGCUUCCUUGUUCCGGGCGGUGGAUAGAAGGCUGGUCUGAUGACCUAUUAAGGACCUUUCAGGUCCUAUGACUCUUGAACCAUGAUAGUAUAUGUACUCUUGCACAUUUUCCCUUUCUGUGCUUUAGGAGGCCAUAGUUUUUCCCCUUCUGAAUGCUGGUGGUAGGCACACUGGUGCUCCACAGAUGCCUCAGACAGUCUUGUUGUCCUCCUGUCUUUGAGCAUUACCUCAUCUUCUGGUUAACUCCCACUGACUGGCUCUGAAUCAGGCAGCCUCCAUCAUAUCCAUUGGUAUCUGCUGUUAAAGGCCAGUUAUGACUCAUAAAAUAAUUUUUUAUUUUAUUUUAUUAUUUUUAAGCCUUUGAAAACAAUUAUAAAUCACUGUCCUUAAUAAAGUUGGUUGCACUUC